AAGCGUGCCGGAAAUAAAAAAGAAACUCCUCACUUGAACUUCUUCGGUUGCUUCAUUUCAUUUCUGAACGAAGGCGUUUGUCUACGUUUGACAGCAAGCUCCUACACCAUGUCCAUUGUCAAGAUCCACGCCCGAGAGAUCUUUGAUUCUCGUGGAAACCCCACUGUAGAGGUUGACCUUUACACUGACAAAGGCUUGUUCAGGGCAGCUGUACCAAGCGGUGCAUCUACUGGAAUCUAUGAAGCCUUGGAGCUCCGAGACAAUGACAAGUCUCGCUACCUGGGGAAAGGAGUCUCACAGGCUGUAGAACACAUAAACUCAACUAUUGCACCUGCACUUGUUGGCCAAGAUCUAUCUGUGGUUGAGCAGGAGAGAAUCGACCAGUUGAUGAUUGACCUGGAUGGCACAGAGAACAAAUCCAAAUUUGGAGCAAAUGCCAUCCUGGGUGUAUCCCUGGCUAUUUGCAAAGCUGGUGCAGCAGAGAAAGGUGUCCCCCUGUAUCGUCACAUUGCUGACCUUGCAGGAAACCCCCAGGUCAUCUUGCCCGUGCCGGCCUUCAAUGUGAUCAACGGCGGCUCUCAUGCAGGCAAUAAGCUUGCCAUGCAGGAGUUCAUGAUCCUGCCUGUUGGUGCAAGCACCUUCAAAGAGGCCAUGCGCAUUGGAGCCGAGGUCUACCACAAUCUCAAAAGCGUCAUUAAGAAGAAAUAUGGUCAGGAUGCCACCAAUGUGGGUGAUGAAGGUGGCUUUGCACCAAAUAUCCUGGAGAACAAGGAAGCUCUGGAGCUGAUAAAGGAAGCCAUUUCCAAAGCAGGAUACACGGAUGAGGUUGUGAUCGGGAUGGACGUAGCAGCGUCUGAAUUCUACAGGGAGGGAAAAUACGACCUGGACUUCAAGUCUCCUGACGAUCCGAGCCGUUACAUCACUCCUGACGAGCUGGCUGAUCUCUACAAGAGCUUUGUGAAGGAUUAUCCAGUGGUUUCCAUUGAGGAUCCCUUUGACCAGGACGACUGGGAGGCAUGGUCCAACUUCACUGGAAGCACAGACAUCCAGGUUGUUGGAGACGAUCUCACGGUGACCAACCCUAAUCGCAUCAACACGGCCGUGGAGAAGAAGGCCUGCAACUGUCUGCUGCUUAAAGUCAAUCAGAUUGGAACAGUUACUGAGUCUAUGCGCGCGUGUCAGAUGGCUCAGGAGAAUGGCUGGGGAGUGAUGGUUAGCCAUCGCUCUGGUGAGACUGAGGACACCUUCAUCGCAGAUUUGGUGGUCGGCUUAUGCACUGGACAGAUCAAGACUGGGGCACCCUGUCGCUCUGAGCGCUUGGCCAAAUACAACCAGAUUCUCAGAAUUGAAGAGGAGCUGGGAGACGAGGCUCGUUUUGCUGGAAAAAACUUCAGAAAUCCAUUGACUGAGUAAAUGGAUUGAGCUUCACUUACAAAUAGAUUCAUACAAACAAACAACACAUAGAAACAGUAAUGGUUAAUGUAGAACUACUUGUAUACUAACAGUGGUAAUGAAUUUGUAGAAAUAACAUUGUAGUUACUGGAAUUGUGACACAUCAAGUCUUCUACUGUAUCCUGUGCUAUCUGGUAAUGUGAGUAAAAUAAUAGAUCUGAUUAUAACUUGAAUAAUGUUUAUUUAUAACGCUGAUAAACUGUAAUCACAAAAGCUGCACUUGUUAACACAGUUAAUAAAAACGUUUUCUUAGUGACAGAAUG